AUGAGAAUUGAGAGCGCUUCGUCUUCAGGCAAGCGUCUCUGGGUUUCCGUGUUGACGUUACCCCUUUCCGCGCUGUGGGUCAGCAGAGUGGUGGAGCAGAGCGGGAGUUCAGCGCGCGAGAGGUGCCAGGAGCUAGCGCACCGCUCUGCUCUUCAGGCCCUAAAGCGCAAGAAGAGGUACGAGAAGCAGCUUGCGCAGAUAGAUGGCACGUUAUCAACAAUUGAAUUUCAGAGGGAAGCCCUUGAAAAUGCCAACACUAACACUGAGGUGCUCAAGAACAUGGGUUUUGCUGCAAAAGCUAUGAAAGCUGCUCAUGACAACAUGGAUAUUGACAAAGUAGAUGAAUUAAUGCAGGACAUUGCAGAACAGCAAGAACUGGCAGAUGAGAUUUCAACAGCCAUCUCAAAGCCUGUAGGAUUUGGGGAAGAAUUUGAUGAGGAUGAACUCAUGGCAGAACUAGAGGAACUAGAGCAAGAAGAAUUAGACAAAAACUUGCUGGAAAUAAGUGGUCCUGAGGCAGUACCACUACCAAAUGUGCCCUCAAUAUCAAUACCAUCAAAGCCAGCAGCUAAGAAGAAAGAAGAGGAAGAAGAUGAUGACAUGAAGGAGCUGGAAGCUUGGGCAGGAACCAUGUAACCACAGCAGUAACUGGCUGAAAAAAGACUUUGGUUGCCUAUUCUGGGUGCAAAUGUGUUGUAUUGAGGAGAAAGUAUAAGCAAAAUGUCUUUAUCUUUAAUUUUAACCCCAAGCAGUGGGAGUUGCAUUGCUGUUUUCCACAUAGCGUGGUCUGCGCGAAGGAAACAGGGGAGCAGGGGGAAUCACCUGCAGUUUAAGCAGUUGAAUUUCUGUAAAAAGUUAUGUGCAAAAUCGAACAUUCAGCUUUUGGACUAUGCUAAUGCCACUGUUGGAUCUUCAUCUUCUAAAAUUUGGGCCAUAUUGAACUGAAAUAAACUGAAAAACAGUCUGUAAUUUUAAGUCAGUUGAAGUGUGUCUAGAAGUCUCGUAAGGCAUUUUUUAAAAAAAAAAAAAAAGAAAGUCAUAAGCCACCACCGGCUUCUUAUUGUGUUUAGGUGUAAGAAUGCUUUAGAUUUUUAGUUCUUUGCAAUUUAUAUUUAUAUCCCUUGACUGAUGUGUGGCCAGCCUUGCAUUUGUCACUGCAACAGUGUAGUCACGAUUCCUGUUUUAAUUGGUGAUAAUGAUUUGCAAUGGACAAGUGCUGUUCUGGAAGUAGGGGAGAUUUAAAUUUCAGCUGUACAUUUUUCUACAUAGCACUACAAUGUUUAUUGCUUUUUGUGAUAAUUGAUAACCCAUUCAGAUACAUGCACACAAUUAUUUUAAUUAAGAAACUACUAUGGAUUGCACUGUAUUAAAUAUCUUGAUUAAUUU